AGAUACCAAGAAUAGAAAAGUUCUGGAGGGGCCAGGCUAUUGGCUUGGUAGCAUCCGUGAAUCAGAACUUGAGAAAGUAUUAUGCAGUAGCAUCAAAACUGCUUCUGAUAUUGCUAAUGAAUAUAAAGACCUCCAGGGCGAUACUGAUACUACCCAGUCUCUUCAUGAGAUUAGAGUGAAGGAAUUGAAAAACGAACUAGAGCAAGUUAUGCGAAAUUCAACAUUUAAGGAUGGAUUAAUUUUCUGUCUCAGGUCUAGAGUAAGUGAUCUAGAAGAUGAACUAGAACAAAUCUCUCUAAAAUCAGACCCGUCAUCUAAUGAUUCAAAAAUGGGUGGUGAUGCAGUAGAAGAGAUCUCUUUAAAACCAGAUCCAUCAUCUAAUGAUUCAAAAACAGGUGGCGAUGCUAUAGAAGAGAUAUCCAGUUUCUCUAAAAACCCCUCUUUGUCUUCACACCAUUUAGGGCUUGAGCCUGAUGAAAGUAAAAUAAAAGAUGUG